CCCAGAGAUGUCACCUCCAUGAGGGACUGGCCUCCUCAGGAUAGUGGAGAUGGAAUAUGGGCCUGUCACUGCUGGGGCCCUGGUUACCAUUCAGCCCAGGCCAGCAGUGGUCAAGAGUAUUUCCCGCCUGAGGACCGUUUGGAGACCUGUGUGGAAUGAGCUGGGGAGGUGGGAGUUGGUGCCUCAGUCUAAUUCCUAGGGGACAGAUUUCUGCAGCUGGGAGAAGCAGGGGAAUUCUAACUCCAGGCCCAUUAGAGCAGCGACUCCCUAGUCGCAAUGAAAUAUAAUCACGGGAAAUUGUUUCUCUCCAGGUGUGAGAAGGGGAAGUUGCAGCAGCCAGAGGAGAUUUCUCCUGAACUGGAAGAGCGAGUCGGCAAUUUCUCCCAGAAAACUAUUGCGCUACUGGAGACUCUGAGGAAGUUCAAAGACACUCUGCCAUCUUCACUGGAGAGAAAAAGAGGGGAACCACUCGGAGUGCACAGACAGGUGAAUGUGACUCUGGAUCCAGACAUGGCUCAUCCCAUCCUCGUCCUGUCUGAGGAUCGGAAAAGUGUGAGACGGGAAGACACAUGGCAGCAGCAACUGCUCAACACCCCUGAGAGAUUUGAUACUUGGGCCUGUGUGCUGGGCCUGUGUGAGGGAUUCACCUCG